AUAUUCCUCCUCAUGGAUCUUCCGCCGAAGUCUCCACGUCAGCUCCCCCCUCUGCGCAGACAUAAUGGUCGAUCCAUCUCUCCCCUUCACUCGAGCGGGAGAAGGGUCUCCCCCGUCGCAGUGGCAGAUGGUAGCGUCUGUGCCACACUUACCACGGGUCGCUCCUGGCGGGAAGAUCUCCGAUCCGGUUCUGAGACGGAAGGUGGGAGACAAUGCCCCGCUGGGUCGUGCGGGUGUAAGGCGGCUCUUCCGCACUGCACGGUGCGACACAAGAGCUGGGCGACCGAAAAGUCUCGCUCCGUCGGAAGGAAAGAUACAGGCGUGGAUUUCCACUUCGGACUGGAGCCCGGCCGGGAAGGCUGGCCGGGCGAGAGGGAAGGACAGGCCGGUGGGAAGCGGCACGAGUCCCGCUUUCCCAAGAUGGGAAGCUCCGAAGGCCUGUCGGUGGACCAUGUGCGUCAGUAUCUCUAUGACAACCCAGAGUUCCUAGACAGCUUCGUACCCGGUACCGUCCCCAUGGAAACGCUGGACAGGUGGAGGCUGCAGCGCAUGAAGAGGCAGUACCGGCAGCAGAUGAACAAUGACAUGUCCGGCUCCAGGAGACCGAAUGCCGGGCUGCUAAAGCGGACAUCGUCACUAAAAAUCGGGCGCUACACGGGCCCGGACAAGCGGGAACACCUCCAUGAGCUGACCGAGCAGAUCGGGACCCAUCCCAACCACCUGCUGCUGCUGUACGAGGUCACGCUCAGCAUCAAAAUAGCCACUAACGCUGAUGGCUUCAACGCGUACGGAAUAGACGACAACGGAGAGGAGAUUUUCCUGAUCAUUCCAGACGCGCUGGAGCCGGAAGAGAGUGAUGAGGAGGUGUCUGCGCCCUCCUGGCCCGUGUGUGAGGGGACAACUGUCGCCGCCUUCGUCGCCGCCACGUCUCAGCCGGUCAAGACAACACAUGUCCUCGGGCACGACCAGUACCCAGAAGGCCUCGGGGCGAACUGUGCUGCAGCCAGCUCCAUCCUGUGUCUGCCCAUCCUGAGGUCUAACGGAACCCUGGCCGGCAUUGCCGAGCUGUACAGGACCAUCGGAAGCCAUGUUUUCAGUGACGAAGAAGAAGAAACGGCCAACACCAUCCUGCUGUGGGGAGGGCUAGCUCUGCAUAACGCGGAGAUGGUCGACAUGAUGAUGAAACAGAAGCAGCUGAAUGAUUUCCUGUUGUCAGUCACAAGGUCCAUCUUCCAAGAUAUCGUCAGUAUGGACACCGUCAUCAUGAAGAUUAUGAACCACGCCCAGAAGUUGGUGACUGCUGAUCGCGCCUCGCUGUUCCUUGUUGACAGCAAAACCAACGAGUUGUACGCCCGGAUCUUUGACGUUGGGAGUAACGUGAGUCUGGACGAACCCGAGGGAGAAAAGAUAGAAAGGAAGGAGAUAAGUAGGAGGACGUCCUACAGUGUGGAGGAGUUGGGACAAGCUUUAACACACGUGAACAGGAAUGACAUCAGGUUUCCGAUGGACAGAGGAAUAGGCGGCCAUGUAGCCACGACCGGAGAGACUCUCAACAUCAAAGACGCGUAUCAGGACGGCCGCUUUAACAGGGACGUGGACUUACAGACUGGCUAUCACACAAAGACCAUUCUGUGUAUGCCUAUCUACAACAGGGGAAGUAUCAUCGGAGUGGUUCAGAUGGUGAACAAACUGGCCGGACCCUUCUCUACAGCCGAUGAGGAGGCGUUUGAGAAGUUUGCUGUUUACUGUGGGCUUGCUCUGCAUCAUGCAAAGCUGUAUGACAAGAUCAGGCGUUCAGAGCAGAAGUACAAGGUGGCGCUGGACGUGUUGUCUUACCACAGCACCUGCUCAGAGUGCGAGUUCCAGCUGCUGAAACAGGCGCUGGACAACGCGGAGCAGCUGCCUGAUGUGGAGGAGGUGGAACUCGCCAGAUUUGAGUACUCUCCCUGGAGCAUCCCGGACGACGUGAAGCCGCUCUACGUCAUUCUGAUGUUCAAGGAUCUCUUUUGUAUGAGCAAAUUUGACAUGGAGCAGCUGAUCCGGUUUACGAUGACGGUGAGGAAGAACUACCGCCCGGUGCCGUACCACAACUGGUCCCACGCCUUCUCCGUGGCGCACUGUGCUUACACCGUCAUCAAAACAUCACAAGAUGUCUUCACUGGACUGGAGUGCUUGGCCCUGUUCGUGGCGUGUCUGUGUCACGACCUGGACCAUCGCGGCAAGAGUAACAUGUUCAUGGUGAAGAGUUCGUCCCCGCUAGCGGCGGUGUACUCCACCUCCACCAUGGAGCAUCACCACUUCAACCAGACGAUCACCAUCCUGCAGCACGAGGGACACAACAUCUUCAAGCACCUCAGCUCGGAGGAAUACAAACAGGUGUUGGGAUAUAUCAAACACGCCAUCCUGGCCACCGACCUCGCGCUCUACUUCGGCAACAGCGACAGGCUGCGGGAGGUGGUGGCCAAGGACGAGUUCUCCUGGGAAAACGAGGAUCACAGGGAGCUUGUCCGCGCCGUUACCAUGACGGCGUGUGACCUGUCAGCCAUCGUCAAACCCUGGGAGAUACAACAGGAGACGGUCAAGGUCAUAUUUGAGGAGUUCUACAACCAGGGAGACGAGGAGCGGGCCCGCGGGCAGGAGCCGGCGCCGAUGAUGGACAGGCGCCGCGCGCACGAGCUGCCCGCCAACCAGGUCGGCUUCAUCUCCGGCAUCUGUCUACCCUGCUACAGGAUCCUGGCUAAGGUCAUUCCGGGGUGCGAGCCGAUGGUGGAGGGCACCUUGAAAAAUCUAGAGCAGUGGAAAAUUCUGGCCAACAAACAAAAAGCGAAAGAAGAGAGAGAAAAAUCGUUGUCACAAGAGACACCCGAAGAAGAGCCUAAAGAGGAGGUGGUGACAGAAGCGAGAAAAGAUCCCGAUGAGAAGGAACAAACCGACCAGAGUCCCGCCAAGGAGCGCGUGCUACCGAGAGUAUCCAGCCACAGCCGUGCACGCUCCAGCAGCCUGGGCGACAGCAUCGACGCCACCAUUGAGGAGGGCGACGAGGGCGGGGCAGACUAAAGGCAUGUGGCAGACUGAGGCAAAUAUCAGGCCAUCAACACCUGGGUCAGAGACACAGCAAGAUCCACAUAUUGUGGAACCAGACAGAGACAGGGUUGGUUAUUUUCAAAGACAAACUCUGACUAAGCUGUUACUGAUGUACAUCAGUAAUACAAAGACAUGUCACAAGACACAUUGUGUGACAGUGCUGGUGAGUUACGCCGAGGGGUGAUUUUACUGACUAUACGGAUACGGAUUAGCCUCUACCAGGCUUCGGGGGGCAGCUGGAAAGAGUAGAAAUUGGCCAAAUAGGCCGGAG